GCGGGCGCCAAUGCCCGCCGGUUCCUGCUGGAGGCCCUGCAGGAUUUGGACAGUAGCCUACGGGAAAUAGGCUCCAGGCUGUUCGUGGCACGGGGCUGCCCUGAGGAGGUUCUCCCCCAUCUCUUCCGUGCCUGGGGAACGACACGUUUGACCUUCGAGGUGGACACCGAACCCCUCACCCGCCAGAGCGAUGCCACCGUGGCUGAGCUGGCAGCCCAGCACGGCGUUGAGGUGAUCCGGGAGGUGUCCCACACCCUCUACGACACUGAGAGAGUCCUCGCCCUGAACAACGGCAAAGCCCCCCUAACCUACAAGCACCUGCAGAGCCUCCUGGCAUCCCUUGGACCUCCAGAGAAGCCAGCCCCUGCACUCACCCAGGAGCACCUCCAGGGCUGCUUCACUCCAUGCCAGGCCAGCCACGACAUCAACUACGGGAUCCCCACCUUGGAGGAGCUGGGCCACGACCCCAGUGAGGUGGGUCCUCAGCUCUACCCUGGUGGGGAGACAGCAGCGCUCGCCCGGCUCGACAUGUUCAUGGAGAGGACGGCCUGGGUGUGCGGCUUCAGGAAGCCUGAGACAGAGCCCACCUCGCUGCGCCCCAGCACCACCGUCCUCAGCCCCUACCUCACACUUGGCUGUCUGUCAGUCCGCACCUUCUGGUGGCGGCUGGAUGAGGUCUACCAGAGGCGGGAGCACUCCCAGCCCCCCGUCUCCUUGCACGGGCAGCUCCUUUGGAGGGAGUUUUUCUACACCGCGGGUGCCAGCAUUCCCAACUUCGACCGGAUGGUUGGCAACCCCGUCUGCCUACAGGUCGACUGGGAUGACAACCCCCAGCACCUCUGCGCCUGGAGGGAGGGCCGGACAGGUUACCCCUUCAUCGACGCCAUCAUGACCCAGCUGCGCACCGAGGGCUGGAUCCACCACCUGGCCCGGCACGCCGCUGCCUGCUUCCUCACCCGCGGGGACCUCUGGAUCUCUUGGGAAAAGGGGCUGAAGGUCUUUGAGGAGCUCCUGCUGGACGCUGACUGGUCCCUCAAUGCCGGGAACUGGCUGUGGCUGUCGGGCAGCGCCUUCUUCCACAGGUACUUCCACAUCUACUCGCCCGUCGCCUUCGGCAAGAAGACAGACCGGGACGGGGCGUACAUCCGAAAAUACCUCCCCAUCCUCAAGGAUUUCCCUGCCAAGUACAUCUACGAGCCCUGGAAGGCACCACAGGCCGUGCAGGAGCGCGCGGGCUGCCUGGUGGGCACCCACUACCCCCUGCCUAUCGUGGAGCACGGGGUGGCCAGAGAGAGGAACCUGGGGCGCAUGAAGGCAGCCCGUGCCUGGAGAGGUUUAGUGUGA